AAAAGGCAGAGAUAAACCUGAAGUAACCCCGAUAACUGUAAAUCCUGCUUUGUAGUUCAGGCCUCUGGCGUCUGGAGUUUAAAUUAUCUGUAAUUAAUCAAUUUUAUAUUUAUAAAGUUUUCAUAUAUAUUAACUCGUGUAGAAAUGAAACAGUGAAACAAUUAGUCAAAUUAAGUAAUAGUGAAAAGUAAAGCUACCAAGGUCUUUAAAUUAUUAUUAUUGGCAUAAAAUCAGUGGCAGAAGGUGUAGGAUGAAAAUCUGAAUAGAGAGACAUCUGUAACAGAUACAGUGAGAAGAGAAGAGUGGGAAUGUAGAGAGCACAGAACAAAACAAAACUGAGAUCCCUGGAACUCUACAGUAGGUGGCGCUGUCGUGUCGUUCGGCCAUUAAAGCGGAAGAAGAAGAAUUUCGUCGCUGCUUUUAAAUUUCCCAUUAUCCACUGGGGCUGGAUGAUGAACCGCUCUCAGCGCCAUUUUCAUUAGCCAGUGUCGCAGGACUGUUACCUCGGUCACCCAGAGCAGUUGUGAAAACGCUUAGACUUUCCCCAUCGACGAAGAACGUCUUCGUUGUUUUUUUUUGAAUUUUAAUCCUUGCGAGUCACCAAACGGCGUGAGAAGAUGUCCAACGAGCAGGCCGAAAUCGCGGUGGAGAAAGCGGGCCAGCAGCAGCAGCAGCAGCAGCCGCCGCCGCAGAUGCAGUCGCCGCCGCCGCCGCCGCAGCAGCAGCAGCAGCAGGGAGAAGUGAAUGGGAAGGCCAAGCAUGAUUCCAAUCCGAGCAGGAAGGAGAGGCCCCAGAAGAGAGGUGGAGGCGGCCGCUUUGAACCCUAUGGCAAUGUGAACAAGAGAUACCGGGUUUUUGUCAGCAACAUCCCGUACGAUGUGAAGUGGCAAGCCCUCAAAGACCUGAUGAAAGAGAAAGUGGGUGAGGUAACGUACGUGGAACACUUAAUGGACGCAGAAGGCAAAUCGAGGGGUUGUGCUGUUGUUGAGUUUAGGACUGAAGAGCUAAUGAAGAAAGCAGUGGAGAAGGUUAACAAACACAACCUCAACGGACGGCCCCUGAAAGUGAAGGAGGACCCUGAUGGUGUGAUUGCUCAGAGAGAAAUGAACAAGACUCAAGGUGGUGGCCCUCCAGGAGGCCAUGGCGGGAUGGGAGGAAUGGGUGGAAUGGACCGCAUGAACAUGGAUCGAAUGGGCCCCGGACCAAAUGGCCCCAUGGUUAACAUUCCUCCCAGCCUGAUGAACAACCCCAAUAUCCCCAACGAGGUCAUCCAUGGUCUCCAGGCCGGCAGGAUUGGCAGCACUGUCUUUGUUGCAAAUCUUGAUUACAAAGUGGGCUGGAAGAAGCUGAAAGAGGUGUUCAACAUGGCUGGCAUGGUGAUGAGGGCUGACAUUCUGGAGGACAAGGAUGGGAAAAGCAGAGGAAUGGGCACAGUGACUUUUGAAAUGCCAAUUGAAGCAGUCCAGGCUGUCUCUAUGUUCAAUGGGCAGCUGUUGUUCAACAGGGUCAUGCACGUCAAACUGGAUGAGAAGUCCCUGCCCAAAGAUUUUGGACCACCCGACAGAUCUUCUGCUCUUCCUCGUGGUCUCAGUGGAAUUGGUUUGGGCCUGGGGCCUGGUGGCCAGCCCAUUGAUGCUACUCAACUCAACAGAGGUGGUGGUAAUGGUGGAGGAGGAGGAGGAGCAGGGGGAAUGGGCAACAUUGGCCCUGGAGGAAUGGACGGAAUGGGCUUUGGCAACAUGGGAGGACGUAUGGGAGGAGGAAUGGAGAACUUUGGAGGAGGAAUGAACAACAUGGAUCGUUUUGGCUCCUCAGGGAUGGGCAGAAUGAAUGAGAUGGACCGUGGAAUUGGUGGUGCUUUUGACAGGGAGUUUGGGCGAAAUGAAAUGGGAAUGUCUCGCAAUAAUUUUGGAGACCUUGAAAGAGGAAUGGGAAACUCCCUGGGUAUGGACCGCAUGAGCUCCGGAAUGGACCGACUGGGAACCGGCAUGGACCGCAUGGCAGGGAUGGACCGCAUGGGCAUGGACAGGAUGGACCGCGUGUCGGACCUGGACAGGCUGGGUUCUGGAUUUGACCGGAUGGGCUCGGGGAUGGACCGUCUGGGGCCCAGUAUGGACAGGCUUGGACCUGGCCUGGACCGUAUAAGCUCCAGCAUGGACCGCCUCGGCCCUGCAGGGUUUGAUCGCUUAGGCCCGUCUGGUAUGGAUCGCAUGGGUACUGGCCUGGACUUUGGCUCUCAAAUGAAUAUGGAUCGCAUGGCCAACACUGGCCUUGACAGAAUGGCAAGCAGCUUUGACCGCAUGGGCUCCGCUGGAGGACUGGACCGCUUCCCCACUGGUGGCCUCGACCGUAUGAGUUCUGGCAUGGACAGGAUGGGAUCUGGAGCUGUUGGUACCCAGUUUGAUCGCUCUGCUGACCUGGAUCGUGGUUUUGGCGGUAAUACCUUUGGAGGAGCUGGAGCUGGAGGCCCUGGAACUGGGGGAGGAGGAGGCGGCGGCAGCGGCAAUGUCAGGAAGGGAUGCCAAAUCUUUGUCAGAAAUCUGCCAUUUGACUUCACCUGGAAGAUGCUGAAAGAUACCUUCAACACAUGUGGCAUGGUCCUGUAUGCCGAUAUCAAGAUGGAGAAUGGCAAGUCUAAGGGCUGUGGUGUGGUCCGCUUUGACAACCCUGAAACUGCCGAGCGCGCCUGCCGGACCAUGAAUGGCUACCGGCUCAAUGGAAGAGAGAUUGAUGUCAGAAUUGAUAGGAAUGCAUAAGAUGGUUGUCUGUGUUGCAUCUGACAUUUCCUUUAGUCUCAUGUCCAAACGCUCAAUACCAUCUGAAGCGCCCUUAAGCUUACAUAAAUACACUUGGUUUGUUUAGAAACAUGUAACUACAAAUGUUAUUUUAGUUUUGUAAUUUGUAACGGUGAAUGUGUUGUUUUAGUUCUUGCAUACAUUUUACUUUGUUUUUGUUUUUUAUUAGACCAAACUUUUAAUUUUUUCUCAUGCUUCAUCUGUCAUUGCCUUUGUUCUAUAAGGUGUUUUGAUAAAUAAACCUUGAUAAUAGAAA